AUGGUCACCAAUCUCAGCAGCGGCGGCGGUGGAUUCUACAAGUAUAGGUGCAAGUACUUUUACUCCAAGUCUUGCCAGAAUUGGGUUUACGUCAACGGCGAAGCCUGCAUGCAGUGCCUUGCCGACGGAUGCGACGCCCAAGAGCACCAUGUCAUUGCAGACGACUGCGGCCACUCGACCGAAAAGCUCCCUAUUUCGGGGAAGACGAUGCUGCAAAGGGUAAUGGACGAAAUUUGA